AUGGCAAAAAACAAACGGAAUAACAAUGGUAGUAGAAAAGCAGCCAAAAAACGGUGCAAAGCAAAGAAAAAACAGCAGACUCGAGACCAGCUUCUCCAAAGAACUCUCAACCCAGAUGAUACAACCCAUUUUGUCAAUUGGAGAGAAGUAAAGUUUGAGGAACUCAACCUCUAUCCGACCAUUCCAAUUGAGAAAGAGAAACCGACUCGCCCACCAACUCCCGAAGAGAUCAAAUCAGCCUACAAGGAGGUUGAAUCCUUCCAUCUCUUCAAGACCGGCCGAAAUAUUGUCCAGGAUCCUUUGGACAAGGAAUCUAUUAUCGCAUUUAUUGAUUUUGUCAAGUUUGAAGAUAUGUCCGAUCAAGACAAAGCCGAUCUCAACUAUUUAUCAACUUUUCUCCAACGUUCAAAAAAGUUUAUCAGUCCUGUUGCCGUGGAUAGCCAAUCUUGGGGUGGAUUAAUGUGGGUAAUUGGUUGGAGGAAGUCUUCUGAUGGAGGUCAGAUUGUUGGUUGA